GAAAAAGAAAAUAUUUUUUUUUGCAUUAUCUAGUUUACAAAACUACUGUAGUAUGUACCUAAAUAACGAAAUCUAUGAAGAUUACUAGGAAAUUUCAUUCACUAAAGAAGUGAAAACUCCGCCACAUAAUCCUGUAAUUCCUCCUGUUUGCUGAGCAAAUAUCUUUUUAAUUUCUUCUUAAAUGUAACCUUACUCUUAAGGUUCUUUAUAGGCGAAGGGAUAUUAUUCCAGCAUUUAGUGGCGGAGUACGUGAAUGAGCCCCUAAAAGCUGCAGUACGAUGAAAAGGGACUCGAAGCACAUUACGACAACUUCGUAGACCCCUUUCAUUGUCACUAGACCAAUUCUACUUAUUAAAUAAAUAAGGUGGCUUGCCCAGUUUGAUAACGCCAAAGAGAAGACCUGCAAGAUGCAAUUUUCUCCUAGACCUCAUUUUUAACAAUCGGUGAUAGUUUAAAAAAGGAGUAACAAGAGUUCUGGAAGGAAUGUCAAAACAAAAUCUUGCACAUGCAUUCUGCACUCUUUGUAUGAGACGCUUUGUACGACACAAAAGCCGAGGUCCGAAGACAACGUCAGCGUAGUUAAGUUUAGACAGCACCAAAGCCUCUACUAGCUGCGUACGUAAUUCAAUUGAUAAAUAAAGACGAACGUUGUAAAGAAAUACGGAGCAUUCUUCUCCAGCACCACAUCUUGAAAGCGUCUAUGCGCUGCCAAUCAGCUGACUUGAUCGUCCAGGUCUCAGCUGCAUAAGUAAAUAUGGGAAAGAUCAGUGCAUGGACAAGACGCUUCUUUGUGUUUAUAGAGAUAUUCCUGUCUUUCCACGUUCUAUGCAGUUGAGACAUGGCACUUUUGGCCAUUUCUAUUCUUCUUCGGAUUUCAGUUUCGCACGAGCCGGUAUUAUUGAUACUCGAUCCGGAAGUCGGGCAAAACUUUAUAUAUCUACAAAGUUUUGCACGAGUUCCAAAUUCAGUAAACCCAUAAUUUAUUAGCACGGUCUAGGAUCAUUACUUUGGUUUUGGUUCUGUUUAUAGAGAGGCCCAUUUCUUCGCUCACUUGAGCCAUUCUGUCCAAUAGGGUUUUCAUUUCAGUCUCAGAUCCUGCUAAAAGAGUUGUGCCACCAGCAUAACGCAAAUUAGUUAACUUUACUCCACCAAUGCUGAUGCCACCAUUCCACUCUUCGAGAGUCCGUCUCAUAAUAUAUUGAACAGGAUAGGAGAAAGCACACAGCCCUGCCUGACACCUUUGCGAAAGUUAAAAGUAUUCGAAGUAAUGUCAUCUAUCCUUACGAUUCCUACACUACUAUUAUAAAGAUUCUUUAGCAGUGUAACUAGAUGAUGUGGUACUCCCAAUUCUGUUAGCGCUCUCCAUAAACAGUCCCAGUUAGCGCAGUCAAAAGCUUUGCUAUAAUCGAUAAAACACAUGAUCACUGGCGUGUUAAAUUCAUAGGCUUUUUCAAUUAAUUGCCGUACAUUUUGUUCACGGGUGCCUUUGCCUUUAACGAACCCUGCCUGCUCUUGCGGGAUCUGCUAAUCCAAGUAAUGUCGGAUUAGGUUGUUAAUUACAUAGAGCAGUACUUUACUGGCGUGGGAGAUUAGAGACAGUGUUCGAUAAUGAUCGCAUUUUUGCGUAAAUCCCUUUUUAUGUAGAGAAACUACGACUGACAGAGCCCAGUCAUUCGGCCAUCCACCGUUACGCCAAAUAAAAUUGCAGAUCAUGUGUAACAUAUCGACACCUCCUAGAGCUUUUAAUGCUUCAGCUGUAAUUUGUAAAAGUUUCCUGAAAAACCAAACAAUCUAAGGUGCUUGGUGUUGUUUCGUAGGUAGAGUUCGUUUCCUGGGUGCUUUUAAUCGAAGUGUAAAAUCUGCGACUAGAAGGGAAUUACGCUCCUCUAAAUAUAGCCUGACUAACGGGACUUGCACCUUCUACUGUUAAAGCCGAAGUCCAGAAUCUAAAUCACCAAUAGAAAGCCUCCCAUACUUGUCAGAGACUACGAAAAACUCUAUAGAGCGAAUAUCUUACAGAUUAUGUGCCACUAUACAUUUUUUAAAUUUUGGACCAAGUUCUCGACUUUUCGAGUGCGACUUGUGGAAAUUAUUAGCGAAUACAGAUUACAAUUUCUCUGAUAUCGAGAUCAAAUAGACCAUGUCUUCCUAUAUAAUCUGCAUCUACGUUGGGAAAUACAGAUUAAACAAUUAUACAUUAUCGAUGUAAUGAGCAGCGCCAUCUACCGGCCUGAAAUGUCACCGCUUCCUUUCGAAUAGAUGUCGCGCCUCUCUAAAUGGAUCUACAAAAUAAAAAAAAAUAGGAACGGUGUGAAAUACCUAAAAAAAACCCCGUUACAAUAAACCACGAUCUUCAUCAGAAUCGCAAAAAACACUCUCAAGGUGUCAAUUGUGAUAGGCAUCGCGUCACACCCGCCAGUGUCAGAGCGAGCCGCAAACGCCAUCUGGUAGGGGUGGAGCUUUCUCGAUAAUGACAUAGACUACUGCGCAAUCGAUGCGUCCACCUCUCUCUGUACGGGGGAUCUGUCGCAGCGGGCGCAGCGGUGGCGGGGCUGGCGUACACCACAUACGCCGCGUGGAGCCGCGACCCCGGCGCCGCGCGGCGCUCGCUCGUGUGGACGCUGCUGGGCGCCGCCGACAUCCUGCUGACGAGCGGCGUGGUGUGCGCGCACGGCUGCGGCGGCGCGCGGCGCAUGGCGUGCCUGCUGGCCUACGUCGCGGAGAUGGAGCGCGCGGGCGGCGGCGAGGCGGGCGGCGGGCGCGCGCCGGUGUAUGCCACGGUCGCCUGGGCGAGCCUCCUCGCCGCCUUUUCUCACGUCUAUUUCUCGACAAUCGUCGUUUUAAAUAAUGGCGAUGAGUCGACGUUGGUGUCGUACGUGUUCGUGUACCUGCAGACGGUGGCCAAGACGGCGCUGGCGCUGGAGCGCGGGGCGCUGCUGGGCGCGCUGAGUGCGGCGCUGCGCGGCGUGCUGGCUCGCCUGGACGCGCUCGGUGCCGAGGUGCGCGCGCACGGUGAGGCGCCGCAGCGCAUGGCAGCGCACGCGGCGGCGCACGCGGCGGCACUGGCGACGGCGCGGGACGUGAAGCGCGCCUACUUGCGCCUGCAGCGGCUGGCGGCGCGCCUGCACUCGCACGAGGGUCCCGCGCUGCUGCUGCUGCUGGGCGGCAGCGUGUUCCGCACGUUCGUGUGCGUGUACAUCGCCACCUCCGCCUUCUAUCUGCACGCGAAGUUCACAUGGGAGAGAUCUGUCAGAUUGGUCGCGAUGUGCCGCAGAGAGGCUGUCGGCGACGUCGCUGCUCACCCUGUGCACGGCGCUGGCGUGGCUGCUGCUGGAGCUGCUGAAGACGGCGGCGCUGCUGGAGCCGGGCCACGGCGCGGCGGCCGCGGAGGCGGCGGGGCGCGCGGCGGCGAGUGCGGCGCUGAGUGCGGCGCGGCGCGGCGAGCUGCGCGACGAGCUGGCGGGCUUCCUGGAGCUGUUCGAGCUGUGCGGCGUGCCCCGUGCGCCGCUCGGCGUGUGCGCCACGUCGCGCUCGCUGCUGGCCGCGGUGAGUGCGGCGCUGAGUACGGUGAGUGUGCGCCGUGUAGCUCAUGCUGCUGCUGUGUAGGUCGCGGGCGGCUGCGGCACCUUCUUCGUCGUGGUGCGCCAGUUCCACCUGCAAGAGGAUCACCUCGUGUCGUAGUCUGCGGGCGGGACACAGCGUGCACCGCGGCAGGAUACAGCGACAUUCAAUAAAGGCAUAC